GCUGAGCGGAGAAGAAGCAUCGCCAUUUUAAGUGAGCGAGUUUCAUUUCAGCACGCAACUGUAAGGACGGAGAGAACUUCAGGAACGUUUCAGCAUGUUUCUCUUUUAAACUGUUCAUGGGAAUUAACUGCUAUGAACUGAAACUCUUCCUAAAACCAAUCAACCAGUAGAUCACAGUGAAGUAACGCAUAAGCCAGUUGAGUCCUGAGUCGAUUUUUUGCACUGAAUGUAGCACGUUAGAGGAAAUGGCUGUGGAAAGCAUGACUGUCCAUCCAAACUCCCCAACAGCCAACCUGCACGAACACAACAGUCUUCUCACUGACGAAAGGCGAGAAGAUGGAGAGCUGGAGGAAGGAGAACUGGAGGAUGAUGGAGGAGAGCCAGAGCCUGAGGUCCCCAGCGCUGAGGGACAGGAGCCGGAGGAAAAGCCCCGGCGCAGCAAGGAGCGUCAUGACAGUGAAUCGGAUGAAGAGAAGGCACACCGACGCAAAAAGAAGAGAAAGAGAGAGCGAGAGAAAGAGAAGAGGAGGUCCAAAAGGAAACGAAGGUCGAAACACAAGCGCCAUGCCUCAUCCAGUGAUGACCACUCAGACUAUAGUGAUGAUUCUGACUACAGUCCCAGUGAGAAGAGGAAGUAUCGUGAAUACAGCCCUCAGUACCCACCCUCAUCUCAUGGGGGCUACCCUCCUCCUCCUCCUUCGGGUCAUGGUGCACCCAUGGGAAAGAAAGGCGGCUACAUGACAAGCCGGGACAAACAAGGCUAUGGUGGCUAUGACGAUUAUGAUGAGGAGAACUAUGAGGGUGAGGAGGAGGAAGACAUGGGUGAUGAUGACUACGAUGAUUUCACCAAGGAACUUAAUCAAUACCGAAAGGAAAAAGAGGGUAGAGGUGGAAUGCGUGGCAGAGGUGGUAGAGGCCGAAUUAAGAACUUAAGAGGCCGUGGCAGAGGGGGUAUGAGGGGUCGCGGAAGAGGAGGAAGCCGAGGACGUGGACGGGGCAAGAUGGGAGAUGAUGAUGGGGAUGGCAUGUACGGAGAUGACAUGGAGUAUGGUGAUGAUGACUACGAUAACAUGGGGGAUGAUGAUUAUGAUGAUUACUCAAAAGAACUGAACCAGUACAGGAAGUCUAAGGACAGAGGACGAGGUAUUCGUGGUGGAAGAGGUCGAGGACGGGGUAAAGGAAUGCGAGGCAUGAACCGAGGCAGAGGUAGAAAUCGAGGAAGGGGUCGUGGAGGAGAUCAAGGCUAUGAUGAUGAUGAUGGAGAUAUGGACAUGGGGGAUGGAGGAGGUGGCCAGAGGAAGCAUGAUUAUCACGACAAGAAGGGCAAGGCCAUCUGCAAGUACUACAUUGAGGGUCGUUGCACCUGGGGGGAGCACUGCAACUUCAGCCAUGACAUAGAAUUGCCUAAGAAGAAAGAGCUCUGCAAGUUCUACAUCACUGGCUACUGUGCUCGGGCAGACAAUUGUCCAUACAUGCAUGGUGACUUCCCAUGUAAGCUGUUUCACACAACUGGUAAUUGUGUGAAUGGAGAUGACUGUAUGUUCUCCCAUGAUUCUCUGACAGAUGACACACAAGAGCUCCUAGACAAGAUGUUGGCUGAGGACGCUGAAGCUGGUGCUGAGGAUGAGAAGGAAGUGGAGGAGCUGAAAAAGCAAGGCAUCAAUCCCCUCCCUAAACCCCCUCCUGGUGUUGGACUCCUUCCUACACCUCCAAGACCUGGCCCAAAUGAUCCUCCGGCUCCUGUGGACUUUGGGAUGCCGGGAUCAACACAAGACUUUGUGCCACCUAAUGGUCCACCAUGUCCUGUAACUGGCUCUGUUCCUGAUGCUGCAGCAUUCCCUGUCCCCCCUCCCACUUGCCCAGAUACACCAUCUUUUCCCGGGUCACCUACCUCCAGUGUUCCACCUCCACCACCCAUGGGUCCACCGCCUCCUUGUGGAAGUAAUGCAGGGAAGAAGAUCCCGUCCUUGUUUGAAAUCGUAGUAAAACCUACUGGGCAGUUGGCGCAAAAGCUAGGUGUCAGAGGUCCAACUCCUGGUACUGCUGCAGCAGGUACUGCGGGACCUCAGGGCCCCCCUGCAGGACCUCCGCCACAUUUUCCUCCACCACCACCUGGGCAUAUGGGGCCAAAUGGGCCUCUUGACAUGCCACCAAUGGGCCCACCAAACAUGAACCAGGGUCCUCCAAUGAUGCACUUUGGCACAGAAGAAGGACCUCCAAACUCCAUGAUGCCCCCUGGGGGUCGCAAUUUUUAUGAAAAUUUCUAUCAGCAGCAGCAAACCAUGGGCACAGAAGGGGAAGAAGGAGUUGAUGAAAGCUACCAGGGAGGAGCUGGUGGAAAUUUCAGUGAUCAGUCCUCAGGUAAUCAGAGCUCUGGAAUCAUGGAAGGUGCAUCCAAUGGAGGCUCAACUAAUCAGUCCGGGAUAGCAGUUCCAGACUUCCUGCCUCCAGCACAGCGAGUGCUGUUCAUGAGGAUACAACAGAAACAGCAGGAGGAAGAGGAGAGGGCCAGAAGAUUAGCUGAGGGAGGGGCUGAGAGAGACAAUGAAGGAGAUUCGGCAAACUGGUAUUCUAGUGAAGAUGAAGAUGGAGGCGGUAGCGUCACAUCGAUUUUGAAAACCUUACGACAGCAAACCCAAACCCAAGGCCCUCCAAAACCUGAGGGGGUUCCCUCUGACCCCCGUCUGCAGAAGGCUCAGGCCACUAACAGGCCAGCAGACCCCAGGCUUGCUCGUGAUCCUCGGUUAUGCCGCGGCACAGACUCCUCCCAGACCGCUGAGCACAGUCCCUCUUCCUCUCCAUCCUCUGCUGCUCCCGCAGAUCCUCGUCUUGCCCGCCAAGCUGCCCCUAAACCUGAGGCCCCACUUGUGUAUAAACCUCCACCUCUGGUCCCUGCUGCUGCUGCUGAGGAAGAGGAGGGAGAAAGGGUCCUGAGGGACAAGCCUGUCCCCAUCCCACUAGAUCCCUUAAUGGGUAUGGCUCUGCGAGACCCCCGCUCCCAACUCCAGCAGUUCAGUCAUAUCAAGAAAGAUGUAGUACUAAUUAAGCCACCUUUUUCCAAAGCAGUGCUGUGGAGUCCUGAGGACCUCAUCCCUAUCCCCAUCCCAAAACAGGACUUCCUUCCAUUGCCCCCUGGCAUCCCACCAGUUUCUGCCUUGGACCCUCGUCAGUCUCGCGCACAGCAGCAGCUCCACACAGCAAUGCCUGCGUCCCUGCCUGCAUCUGCUUCCCCUGCUGAACAGCCUGGUCAGUCUUCAUCUUCGCUCCCAGACUUUGAGCUGCUCUCCCGUAUUCUCAAGACUGUAAACGCCACCUCGUCCAGCUCCUCUCAAGGUGUGCCGCCCGCACCCCCCUCUGUAUCCGUCCCUGCCGAGAAGCCUGUAGACCCGCGUAUGGCACGUAAGGCUGUUGCUGACCCCAGACUCCAGCCACAAAAAUCUGCCCUGAAGCAGCCCUCAGAACCCCCAGCCCCUCAAGUUACAGCAUCAUCUGGCUCCCCUGAACCAACUUCACCCACAACCACGAUCGCACCCUAUGACCCACGCCUGUUGUCAGCUGGAGGUUCAGGCAGAGGAGGCAACUCAAGCAGUUCUGGUGCUGGCAGCAAUGUUCUGAGCAACAUCAGUCUAUACGAUCCGCGGAUGCAGGGUUCAGACAAAUCCGAGAGUUCAGAGCCCACUGUCUCGGCAUCCGAGUCCAAACCCAGCGACAGUGCAGCUGCUCCACCCAAACCAAAGUCCAAGGAGCCUCUGUUCGUCCGCAAGUCUGCACUGGACCAGCCGGAACCAGAGAAGAGCAGCACAGAGCCAACCACUGACCGUUACAACAGUUACAACCGGCCGCGCCCCAAGCCUGCUCCAUCACCCAACACGGGGGCUGCUGCAGGAGGUGCCCCAGUCGCUGGAGGGCCCAAUCAAUCUGGACAGGGACCCCCUGGAGCUGUGGAACAACCUGCAGGAGUUCACAACUUGCCUGUGUCCACACUCUUCAGCAUGGUGAAACAGUCUAGCAAGCCUAGCGGGACCGGCAGCCCAUUUGGUGGCAACAGCCCUGCUCAGCCAGACACUACGGAGCAGGACAAUGCCUCUCUCAAAGACGUUUUUAAAGGCUUUGAUCCCACAGCCUCACCUUUCUGUCAGUGAUCUCAGCCCUAUGGCUUUGUUUCACUCCUGGACAGCGUGGAACUUUAAGACUUUUGGAACAUUUGGCUUCAGUGUUGCCCUGUGUGCAAGGAGAGCAUCCCUGCCAUCUCACAUAUAGUAUCUCAUCACAGUAUUGACAUAAUUUUAUGAACCAUGGUUUUGGUUUGUUAGGGAAAGUAUCAAGUUUAUGUGGAUAGGAGGAAACGAUAUAUAAAUUAUGUCUGUUUUAAAACCAAAAGAAGAAACAUUUAAGGUGUAUUCAUUUUAAAUCUUUCUCAAAGUGUCAGAAUGAAUUUGGACUUUUGAAAGAAGACGUUUUCAUUAACCUGCAGUCUGCUGUCAGUUGACACUGGUUUAGGCAACUAAUUACGCGUGCACCCUGCCAUUAAACUGUCCUUUCUGUCAGCCCCAAUCUUAUCUGUGAGUAGAGGGCACACGCAGGUCAGGAAUCCAUGCCUUUUAUGUGGUCAGCUCUGCAGCAGGACAAAUCCAUGUGACUACGCACUGCCGCUCCCUUGCUUUCACCAGACAAUGCUAGAAACUUUGUGUACCCCAUCCCUCUGUCAGUUAUGUAAAUUUUUUUAGCUCUGUUUUAGCUCUCUCCUUAUCUGCACUCGGUUUAGUAUAGUUUUGUUCUUUCUUUGUUUUUUAACGUCUGUUUGUGGGCACCUUUGUUAUGCUUGGGACUCUUGGCCUCUUGUGCUGAGUAACACAACUGUGUACCUGAAACCUACAUCUGAUAAGUGUUUGUCACAUGUGAAAUCAUUUUAAUUUAUUUUUUUAUACUUACGAGAACUCUCUUUUUUUUUCCUUGUCACGUGGCAGUUAAAUUUAAUCAUUAUAUAUACAUAUGUGUACAGUAUAUAAAUAUAUAUAUAUUUUCCAACUUGCAUUGUAAAUGGACUUGAGAUGUGCGACAGCAAAAGGGCCAGAAGCAGAAGACUACGUAUUGCUUUUGUCUCUCAGCAAAAGAACUGUUGUUUCCAUCUCGCCACGAUAGAUAUGAUUUUUCAUGUGGACUGCAUAUGAGAAUCAGCAUUGUUCCUUCGUUUGGGUUUGCCCUCGUAAAAGACUGCUUUGUAUAUUGAAAAGUGUCCAUAUUUGACAAGAGGUAACAUUUUGUAACUGUUCAGUGUAGGUAAGGUUGUGAAGUAUUUAAUAAAGGCAAUACCAGAUUAAACAUGA